CGGUUGUCAUUAUACAGAAGUUAAUUAAAGAGAGGAAGACCUUAAUCCCAAUACUAACUAUAUUUAGUUUUGUAGGCUUUGUCAUGAAAUUCUUAAUUAUGAUGAUUCUUAAAAAUCCUUGAAAAUUCUUAGAUAACAUACUGAUUAUGAAGAUUCAAAUCAAAUAGAAACAAAACACUAUUUGUUAUGCAUGACCUUAUAAAUGAUCUAGCUCAAUCUGUUGCUGGAGAAAUAUGCCUUCAUUUUGAGGAUACCUUUGAAGACAAGCCGCAUGCAUUUAUUGCAAAGCUUCGUCAUUUGUCAUUCACUCGCCACCAGUAUGAGAUUUCCAAAAGAUUUGAAGCAUUAGAUCCUGUUCAAUGUUUACGGACUUUCAUAGCUUUACCAAUGGAUGCAUCAUCUCGGGCAACAAUCCAUUACAUAAGUAACGAUGUGUUACAGGAUUUACCGGCAAAAUUCAGAUGCUUAAGGGUGCUACGUUUGAGUGGAUACUGCAUAGACGAAAUUCCAUAUUCUAUUGGUGAUCUGACGCAUUUGAGGUACCUCAAUUUGUCUCAGAGUACAAUUAAACAGUUACCAGAAUCUUUGGGCAACCUAUUCAACUUACAAACACUUUUAUUGCGAGGCUGCAGGGAGCUCACUAAGCUGCCACCAGUUAUUGAAAAUCUAAUUAACUUUCUUGUCCUUGAGCUUACUGAUACUGAGAAAUUAGUGGAGAUGCCGUUGCGAAUAGGCAAUUUGAAAAAUCUUCAGGUUUUGUCCAAAUUCAAUGUUGGAAAGGACAGUCAGUUUGGCAAUAUUAAAGAAUUGAAGGACUUGUUACAUUUAAAAGGGGAGCUUUCUAUCAUUGGGUUGGAAAAUGUGGUGAAUGCACGAGAUGCUAGGGAUGCUAAUCUAAUGGACGAGCAUGGUAUUGAUGGCUUAUGUUUGAAAUGGAGUAUUGAUGGCUUAUGUUCGGAUAAACUUUUGUUGGACUACUUUUUUGUCCGCUUCUUGUUGGACCACCUUUUUAUCCGCUUGUUGUUGGACUACUUAAUCCUUGUUGUAAUGGACUCUGCAUUGCAUCGGCAGAUUAAAUUCAAAAACGACCCAGCAUUGAACUGUUGCAAGUGAGCAGUUCGUGGUAUCAAAUUGUAGGAGACUGGUGGUGGUGGAUUCAAGGAGGAGGAGGAGAACCGGUGAGCCCUUUACCUUUGCUCAGAGUUACUGUAAGAUCAAUGACUGGAUUAUGAAUGUAUCUUAACAUAAAUUGGUCACACAGUAUGUUAAUGUUAAUUGGUUACAUAGAUUUCUUAUAUUCUUGACUCAUGCAGAUUUAAACACAUUUUCUCCAUCAAACUCGAUCGGUUUUACAACACACUAAAUACAGAGGGAAUAUCGAAGGCUUUUGAGAUACAGAAGGAACGAAUUUUCUCCAUCAAACUCUGUUUUAUGCUUUUGUAUCAUUCUAACAUAUGUUUCAUUGGCCGAGCCCCUGCCUGCAUCAUUCUCAUUUGUUCUCCAUUUUCUUGUUGUCUUGUAGUUGCUUAUUUUCUCUGGCCUUUGUGCUGUUAUUAUAGCUCAUUGAAGAGUGUUUUGUAAAACUGUUUUAAUAUGGUGGACCUACUUUUUUAUGGACUAGAGGUCCUGUAGUUUUACUUUUCUAUUUGAAGAGCUUUUCUACAAAAAUUUUAUGUCAUAUGUUUGUUUGAUUGGUCUAGCUAUUGUUGUUAAUUUGUUUGCAUAUGUAGUUGCUACAUAGAACACGAACCAAAGACGAAUGAGGAAACAUCAUGCGCCAAGGACGAGAGAACAAUUUGAUCUGCUCUACCUGUAAAAGGACAUCUAAGUUGGUCAAUAAGAUGAUGAGUAAUCCCCUUUACCAGAUAAACCAUCUACCAUUUGGUUUUCUUAAUUAAUAAAUUACAAAUCAACAGUUGAAUGAGGCAGCAUUUUGUUUUUUGUUUGGUAUUAUUUGUAAUGUUACAUUUGCAUUUCGGGCAAAAUCUAUACUAUUGUAAUAACUCUGGAAUUAUAUU